GAGGCUGGAUUGCGGAAGUAAAUUAUCGGAGGGGGGAAGAAGGAAGCGGACGACAGAGGGUUCAUUGAAUGCGUUUAUAGGCCGUGGUUGCAACAAAAUUCUGUUUCGGCAAAAAAAUCAGCUAAAUAUUUCGCACAAUGUCAAAGAACACCGUGUCCGAUCGUUUCAGGAAGGUCGACGUGGACGAGUACGACGAGAACAAGUUUGUCGAUGAGGAGGAUGGCGGAGAGAAUCAGUUAGGUCCAGAUGAGGCAGAAGUCGACUCUCUGAUAAGACAGGGGAAUUUGAUGGGUGCUCUACAGGCUGUUCUGAAGAACCCACCGAUCAACACGAAGAACCAGAACGUGAAGGACCGCGCAGAGGUGCUGGUUCUGAAAGUGCUCAGCUCCUUCAAGAGCAGCGAUAUUGAGAAGGCAGUCCAGACGCUGGACAAGAACGGCAUCGAUCUCCUAAUGAAAUAUAUCUACAAGGGCUUCGAAAGGCCGUCUGAGAACAGUAGCGCCAUCUUGCUGCAGUGGCAUGAAAAGGCUCUGUCGGCAGGAGGCGUGGGCUCCAUCGUGCGAGUCUUAACCGCUAGGAGGACGGUCUGACGGGACUGACAGGGUUUCCCAUGCAUUGCCGGACGGGCCCCCCCCCCCCCCACCACCACGGAACCUGGCCACCUAUCACAGCUAUUCUGUCCAUUCUCGUUCCUUUGUUCUCCUUGCUUGUGACAUUCUCUCUGCUUCCAGAAUCGUCUUUUGUUUCUAUUAACCCCCUCUCUCUUUGUCCACCUGUACCUCCAUGAAUCCUUCAUGUUGACUCGGUUCUGUGCAGGGGUUGUGGUACCAGGCUUCCAGCAGUUCAUGCUGGUGGUUCUCCAUUCAUAUUGAAAUAGAUCUGCAAUGAAGAACCUAAGGUUCUUUGACAGAGUACCUUAAAUUCUCUUUCUUUUACAGUAGGAGAUGUGGGCCAGAAGUAUUACUCUGUAAAUAACCGCCCUAGAGCCUCCAGUUAUGUACCAGUUUAAUCUCAACUUCUGAAAUUCCUUGGGCACUAGAAAUUACAGUUGACUUAAUGACCAGACCAGAAUCUUCUCCACAGCUGAAUUAUUGGGGAUUUUCUUUUUUGCCUAGUGUUAACCAAAUAGUGUUUUUGAUUUGGAAAUGUCUUCCUUUUCUGUUCCCUGAAACAUGAGGUGGUGAUAUCACGGUACCUCUCGUCUUUACAUCCCCCGAUCACUUAAAAAAAAAUUUUAAAUCCCAGUUUAUUGCUCUGGAAUAAUGUCACCAUGUGGUCUGAGGAAACGGAAGGAUGGAGGGCUGGUGAUUGAUUACGCUUGCCGUCUUAAAUUUACUGCAACUUUUUUUUUCAUCCGGUGAACCUGCACAGUUGCGCUGUAAACGUCAGAACCUUUGCCUGCCGUUGAUGUUGAUCUCGGUCCUGAAACGGCGUCCCUGCGAAAGGCCCUCUGAUCUGUCACUUGGAGUGAUCUGUGUUUUCACUUUGAGCCGCAGAACCAAGCUGUUCAGUAUUACAUGAUGGUCUAUCAACGACACACUUAGGUUGAACAACUUCUCCUUGACCAUCAGACAGUGUUUUGGGACCAAAAAUAUCAUAGCAAAUAUAGUAAAGUGGGUGUAUGUAUUUUUUAAAGAAAAAAGAAUAAUAAGGAUAUUUUGUACAUUUGUUGUAGUAGAAAUUAAUGGUGCAAUACACAGAUUUUCUAAUUUACCUAGAAACCAACUGAUUGGACUGUAAAUGUUCUAUUGGUCUAACUUGAAAUCUUUAACCUUUUUUUCCUUUAAUAUCCUGCUUGAAUCACCUAUUCCACAUCUUUCCUGUUUCCCCAAUCUGGGCCCUUUCUGCAGUCAUCUUCUCCAUUCAUCUGUGCUUCGAUUUUGUACGGUUGUCCUAUGAGCUGUUCUGAAGAAUAAAAUUAAAGCAAUUUCUUUAUUUGAUUUUACGUCAUACCUUAAAAUAUUUCUUUUUUUUCCCUGCAAAUAAUAACCCGAAGUCAGGCUGACAUGCCUCUGCUAUGGAAUAACUUUCACUGUGACCAUGAAACUUGCAGGAAAUAAGCCGUAAAUUCUGAUUUCCUAGCAUUGCUGACUAUAUGAUACUUUUGUGGUGAACCGCCUUCAUUCCAUGGGCAAAGCUAUGAAGAACAAGAACCUUUAUCUCCGGGUCCCUCUAGAGGGCCGGAAUCCAACACAGUUUGCAGAUUUCCCUGAUCAAACACACCUACUAAACUCGGUAAUUGACUGAUUAAGGUGUUUGAGCAGGGAAAUCUUCAAUCUGUGCUGGAUUCCGGCCCCCCAGGACCGGACUUGGGCAGCCCUGCUUUAGGCCAUAGGGCAGGGGUAGGGAACGUGAUCCAUGGAGAGCCGGUGCGGGUUUUUGGGAUGGCCUCUCAAUCAGCCAAUAAUAAAGCAGCGAUUCUCAACUCCAGUCCUUGGAGUCCACUGUUAUUGGCUGAUUGAGAGGCCAUCCCAAAAACCCGCACCGGCUCCCCAUGGAUCAGGUUCCCUACCCCUGCCAUAGGGUUUAAGACAGCUAGACAUAGUGUGUGGUAUUUUCCCCUUUAAUGGCCGUACGUGAUCAAAGCGAUCGUUGCCUGUAGGCCUGUAAAGUUGCGGUCUGCUCUAGUGAAAGCCGUCUUGGCUGCUGGUGGUUUACGUGUGGUGAUACUCUGCUCUCGUUCCUUGGAUCUGCAGGAUCCCCGAUUUUGCCCUGAAACCAGUUUGUCUAGCUGUGUUAGCAUUUCUAUGUGCCCUUUAAUCGGCAGUCCACCUUUUUUAUUUUUCAAUUUUAAAAACAUUGAUUUUAUAUACGCAUAUAUAUAUAUAAGCAUAUAAAAUUGUAACGUUUCACAGAAAUGUGAAAAUGUAUGCAAUGUUGGGAAUUACUCUUGAAUGCUGGAGGAACAGCCCUAAGAUGUGUACAAAAUGCCUUAUAAAAAAUUAUUGUACGUGAUUUUGGGAAAAAUUAAAGUGUAUGUACAUA